AUUUGCGCGCUGUAGAUCAGAUCGACACUGCGUGUUGCGAUGAGAGGGUUUACACUGAACAAUGUUUGCCAGUGUGGUCUAUUCACUUAUCUUGUCUUAUUUUCCUUCAUUUCUCUUUCUGCUGCAGUCAGUUUCGAUUUGACUGAGCUUAGGAAUAAAGUUGCAAAAAUUAAAGUGAAUCCAAGAGGAAAUCUUUGGGCUACAGGACACUUUAUGGGGAAGAAGAGUGUGAUGGACACCCCCUUGCUACCUCCUGCUGAUGAGCAGGGCGUUGAUGAGCUGGAAGUUGCCUUGGCUCCGGAGCAGAACGGUCUUGGAGACCUUUUCCAAGAGGUUUUGCGAGUGGCAUUGCAAGCCCAAGUGGACACGCAAGAGAGCCGCUCGAAAAAUCAGGAGGCGGGAUUGUUGAUGAAGAUUUUAGAAAGAUACAUCCAAAACAGCAGAAAGUGAUGCACAAGAAAAUGUCUCUUACCAUGAAAGCCUGCACGCAUGAACACUCAGAGGUCACCCGGCCUCAAAAUAAGAAAUAAACUCGUUAUUGUCAUCAGUCUCCUGCUUUAUCAUGAUUGUAAUUUUAGGGCCUAACUACCAUGUUUACAAAUCAUAUGCCAUUUGCAAUACCUGUCACUUGG